AUGGGGGAUGGAGAGGGCAAUGCCCUUCUCAAAGCCGUCUUCCAAGGCAAGCUCAGACUCACCCGCCUGCUGAUAGAGGGCGGGGCUUACAUCAACGAGGGCAAUGAGCGCGGGGAAACCCCCAUCUCGGCCGCCUGCAUCGCGAGCUACGACAACCCGCAGACCCGCAACAAGAUGGUGCGCUACCUCCUGGAGAAAGGCGCCGACCCAAACAUAGCGGACAAGAGUGGCCGAACUGCCCUCAUGCACGCUUGUGCCGAGCAGGCGGGCCAGGAGGUGGUGUCGCUGCUCCUGGACAACGGAGCGGACCCUAGUCUGAAGGACUACUCCGGCUCCUCCGCCCUGGUUCACGCGAUCAACAGGGGCGACCGGGACACCCUCCAGGUGCUGCUGGACGCCUGCAAGGCCAAGGGCAAGGAGGUGAUCAUCAUCACCACCGACAUGUCGCCCUCCGGCACCAAGAAGACCAAGCAGUAUCUCAACUCCCCUCCCUCCCCUGCAAUACUUGACAAGGCCUCCCCGACCUGCAUGUCUCCAUCCCAGGUUGAGGUAGGCACCUCCAACUCCCCGGGGACAGAAAAGGAAAAGGAUGACGAAGGGAUGUUCAGCUUUGCACUGGCCUUACCGUCAGUGCCGUCCCCGGCGGACCGCAGGCCUCCUCCCCGCAAGCUGCUGAAGAGGCUGAACUCUGAGCCUUGGGGACUCGUGGCCCCCACGGUACUGGGGGCUCUUGCUCAGGACAAGGUGGACGUUGGACUUAAAGAGGAGGCAGAUGCGACCAGCCUGUUCGCCUCAGAACCAGACAAACCAGAACCGGAUAGACCUCUGUUAUGGCGGCGGCACAGCAUAGAGACCCACGAUCCCUGUUCCCCAAAGCUCGCCGAUCGCUCCAGCUCCGAGGACUGGCCGACGCUCCCCAGUUCUUCCUGGGCGGACAAGGUCCAGCAGCACCAGAGUCUGUACCGCAGGAACACCGCCCCCGAGACCCAGGAAAACGCAGCCGCGGCCCCCAAGGCCCUCGUCCACCCCAAGCUGACCCGCAUGGACCACUAUGAGUCCGACAGCCACCUCUGCCCAAAGUCCAUCCCGGGAUCCCCAGACUCAGGAAGAGUGUCCGUGGAGAGGAGGCGCUUCAACGCCUCCCCGUUGUCCCUGCUCGCCUCCUCCUCCAAGGAGUCCCUGGAGAACAUCCCCAACUCGGUGUCCCCGCUCAGCGUGCGCCGGCGGGCCCCGGGGUUGCUGGAGCGGAGGGGGUCAGGGACUCUCCUCCUGGACCACAUCUCCCACACCAGGCCUGGCUUCCUGCCCCCCCUCAACGUCAACCCCCACAGACCCAUCCCAGACAUCAGGGUUCCCCCGUGCAGCGGGAAGAUCCUGGUGCCGGUGGCCCCCGCCUCCCCCAAAAGAGGCCCCGACUUCAAGGUCAAGAAGAAGCUGCUGCGGAGGCACUCCAUGCAGACGGAGCAGAUGAAGCAGCUCUCCACCUUCCAGGAAAUCCUGGCUGAGAAGGUUGUCCAGUCAAACGCUGACUAG